AUGAAGUUGGAUUUAUGGCUGCUCCUCCUGACUCGAGUCGCGUUCAGUUUUGCCUCAGAAGAUAAUGAUAAUUCAGAAGACCACAAGGUCUUGAAAGUGAAAAUAGGAAAUUCCACGACCCCAGCUGCGUUGGCCGGUACUCUUACCCUACCAUGUCACAUAACUCACCAGUCAUGGAUAGAAGGUGCCAGCGUGGGGAGGAGAGCUGUACUCGGCACCCAUCGGGUGAAAUGGAGUUUUAUCUCUAACGGAAAGGAGGAGGAAAUCCUGGUGGCCCGGGGACACAAAGUUAAAAUUACAGAGGGAUACAGAUCCCGUGCCAGCCUGCCCCAUUACUCCACUUCAGCCAGUGAUGCCACUUUAAUCCUGAAUGAUCUGAGGACCAACGACUCUGGGAUAUACCGAUGUCACGUGCAGCACGGAAUUGAAGACGACCAUGAUAUGGUAGAGGUGAAAGUCAAAGGGGUCGUGUUCCUGUAUAGAGAAGGCACCAGCCGUUAUACAUACAGUUUCUUUAAGGCCCAGGAAGCAUGCUCCAGAAUUAGGGCCCACAUAGCCACUGCAGAUCAGUUGCUGGCCGCUUAUCACAGCGGGUACGAGCAAUGCGACGCCGGCUGGAUCGCAGACCAAACAGUGAGAUACCCAAUCCAGAGGCCGCGCGAGGGCUGCUAUGGAGAUAUGGAUGGCUACCCUGGGGUGAGGAAUUAUGGAGUUCUGGAUCCAGAAGACAUGUAUGAUGUUUACUGUUACAUAGAAGAACUGAACGGAGAGGUGUUUUUAGGAUCUACAUUGGAAAAAUUUACCCUGGAAGAAGCCAAAGAUUACUGCCGAAAGUUGGGCACACGAGUUGCAACAACAGGUCAACUCUAUGCCGCUUGGAGCGAGGGACUGGACCACUGCAACCCAGGGUGGCUUUCUGAUGGAAGUGUGCGUUACCCCAUUGUCACUCCAACGGAGCGGUGUGGGGGGAACUCACCAGGUGUGAAAACGAUCUUCCAGUUCCGGAAUCAAACCGGGUUCCCAGACUCGCAGACAAAAUAUGACGUCUAUUGCUUCAGAGAUAAUGGCCAUCACGGUGCGGUCAUGGGGAUCAGAGAUGUUAUUACUCUCAACGAAAACUUUGAAGAGCUGAAGACCUCAGAAGUUAACUCUGAAAACGAAGCACAGGGCGUGGUGGAUACUAUACCACUGAACACAGCCGAAGCUAUCCAAAAGAUAUUACCAGAAGUGGCAAAUACAUCUACAUCCGUGGACCACGAACUAUCUCGCCCAACCAAAGCAAAUCUGUUUUCUACAUCUAAAAGCACUCAGAUGUAUGAGGAGAGUUCCAUUUCACACCAACAUUCCAUAGAAUCAUUAACAGUCAAACCCACCACUGGAAUGAUUCUACAAAGUUCCACCGCGUAUGAUCAUGGACUGAUUACGGCAUCGAUGGACAGACCUGAUUCUUCAUCUAAUGAGGACACUCUAAGUACGUCGGGGGUGCGCGCCGACUUCCCAACGGAGUCAACGGCAGGAGAGUCUACUUCAGUUGUUAUUCACACCAAUUCAGAGUCUGAAAACGAUUACCCUGAUGAUAACAUUACCGCCUUGAUUGAAGAAAUGGGUUUUGCUCCGUCAGAGCUGUCUAGUCCAUCCCCAAAUGUCCCAAUCCCUCAAGAACUAGAUCCUACACAAGUUCACUCCGAGGACAAGGAAAUAAUCAGCAGAGAGAGUGAUGAAGGUCCGUUUCCAAGUGAUCCUACAAAGAUCUACGUUGACCCAACAACGGUUAACGCUAUUUUAAAAAGCCAAGCAGAUAACAGAGAGGAAGAUAAGACAAUAAAUCCUACACGUUGGAUCUCCAUCAGUAAUCACACGGCAGAACCAAAUGAUUUUGAGGCAUCCGGACGUGGACAACCAAGUUCAAUGAAUGACAUGGUUCAUGGUGACAUAGCAAGAUUAACAAGCACUCAUUCUCAACCCGAGGCGGUUACAUCACAUCAAGCACAGGUACUAGAAGCUGACGUUGCAUCUUCAACAACACCCAUUUACCAAUCCCUUCCCAGUAACUAUAACAGCAAGGGAUCCGACUUGGAAGAAGGCAGUGGGGACAUCUCUGGGCCAAUGUGGUUUAAAUUAGCAAAAGAAACGUCUAUAAAUCACCAAACGACCACAAACCAACAUGCAGUAAAUACAACAGCAAACUCUCCAAGCAGUUUCACAGAUACUACUAUAUUUCAGAACGUGAAUUGGCAAAUCAAUGAGGAAACUUCAACAGCACACAUUCCCAACCUCAUGAGUUCCAGUGUCUCUCCUGUCGCAUCAACUCCGAAAGACGCUCAGGUAGAAGAGUCUUAUGGAAAUAUGGAAGUUUCUCCAACAUCAGAAAGUCACGUAGAUCCGAACUCUAGCGAAGACAUUUCUGCUUCUCGUAUGUACAAUCCACCAUAUACGUACAAUCCAUUACCUGCUGAUAACCCUGAUGCUUCUAUAAAUCAUCCUCUUCAAAAACCUUCACAAUCGAACAAAUCUACGACCACGACCAAUCCUCUGCCCAUUGUGCCAACAGAGAGGGCAAUCCGUGGAACCUCGGCAAACUUUUCAGAUGACUGCUUUCCAAACCCUUGCGAAAACGGUGGGACCUGCAUUGAGGAAGAAGACGGUGACUUCCACUGCUUGUGUUUGCCAGGCUAUAUGGGGAAAGCCUGUGAUAUAAAUAUGGAAAAGUGUUUGGACGGCUGGGAUGCAUUCCAGGGUUUUUGCUAUAAACACUUCCAUACACGGAGGAGCUGGGAGGAAGCAGAGACGCACUGCAGAGAAUCGGGGGGUCAUCUGGUCAGUAUCAUGACCCCAGAAGAACAAGAUUUUGUAAAUGAUAAGUACAGGGAAUACCAGUGGACGGGCCUGAACGACAGGACAAUCGAAGGUGACUUCCAGUGGUCUGAUGGGAACCCUCUGCUCUAUGAAAACUGGAACCACCAACAGCCAGACAGCUAUUUCCUCUCCGGUGAAAACUGCGUUGUGAUGGUUUGGCACGACCGUGGUCUCUGGAGCGAUGUUCCUUGUAACUACCACCUAACAUACACGUGCAAAAUUGGGCUGGUGUCAUGUGGUCCUCCUCCCGAAGUGGUCAACGCAUCCACGUACGGCAGGCCGAAAGCGCUAUACCAGAUUGGGUCCGUGGUGGGAUAUCGCUGUAACGAUGGCUUCCAUCAGCGUAACUCACCCGUCAUCAAGUGUCUAGCAGACGGUUUAUGGGAAGAACCUCAAGUUGACUGUGUUCCUGCACUUCAGUGAAGUGGUUAUCCGAGAUGUUUUCCCCACGAAAGGGACUGCCAACCAAACUCAAAGAGAUCCUCAAACUUUUUGGCUUCAGCAGGAACCUGAAUUAUUAAGUGUGACAAUGCGUCUCAUGUAAUGGCAUAAGGUGGAGCCUUUUACUUCUCAUUACAUGACUUGUGUCUCGGAUAAGCCCAGAAAAUUCGUCAAUAGUGGACUUCUCAGGCCGCCCUAGUGUCAAAAUAUUAAACAUGGAUACACACAAAGACUGAGAAAUCAAGUUAAGUGGUGUGCCAAUCCAAAUGACUUGGCUAACCACCUGACUUCAAGUAGGGCUACUCAAAACUUUCUAACAUACUAGGAUAAGCUUUGACAAGCCUGACACAGCCCAAAACAACCCAAUUCCUCGAUUUAUGAUACACGGCAACCGAAGCUCUUGGGGUAGAAGUAGCAUUACUCUCUCUUUCUUCAUAUUAAUCUCUGCUUUAACUAUUUUAGUGGUGGAGUGGCACACCGUUCAUGGUUGGAGAAUACGAAAUCAAACAGCGCCCCCUACAUCUUUGUAUUGAUACAGCAACUGUAUUUUUUUAUGGUUUCUUUCUACAGUAAUUUGUGUAAUGAGAUAAUUAAUAAACAUUUGUUAUUGA